AAAAUCUAUUCAUCUUGUCUGUCGACGCUACACGAGGGCCACGCCCUCUGGUAUCCGGAGCCCCACGCGUCAGGCGAGCCGCAGAUCGGCGACGUUGGCUUCAUACGCAAGGGGGCAUUCAUCCGACUCUUCAACCUUGAGGGCCUUGACCCUUCUGCACCUCAGAAGAAGAAGGUCGUAUUCUGGGACCCUACGUUCAAGACCGCUGAGCCACUACCCCCAGGUGUGCUCAAAAUCGACCCCAGGCGUCGUCCACUCGUUCCUGCUCACUAUCGCAGCCAUGGAGUCGAGAGCAGGCAAUCAAAUGCCUCAGCAGACAUAUCGGCUGGUGCGAAUGCAUCCGUGACACUGAGCGCAGAGUACACAUGCAAGGCGGCCCAAGGCGCGGUGCUUGCGCUGAAGAGCGAGGCAGACGCCGAAUCGAUCUUCGACAACUUGACCCUGAAAGAGUACAUUCUCCGCCACCAUGACGAAUGGUACGCAUAUGCCAGGGGAAUUCUCCGCCAAGAUGUCAAGCGAGAGGAUAUUAUCAUGAUUAUCGGCUGGGUCAAGACCGAGGCCGACUGGGCGGCCGCUGCCUUCAGCAACACUAGCACGAGUUCUAGCGUCUCGGUCGAAGGCCACGCUGCUGGUGUUACGGGGCUGAGCAUGGGCACGUCGCACACGACCUCUGUGACUGGUCCGAUGAUGCAACGACAGGGUGAGAACCACGUUGCGAAUGCUCCCAGUCCCGCUUCUGCAGUGCCGAAGAGGGAUCAAUCUGUCCUCGUGAAGCGGUACAUGGUGCGGAAGUGGCUUGGAGUCUUAAGGAGAAUUGUUGCAGGCGCGGGCCCUGAUCGGCUUCCUGAUCCAGGAGAUGAGAGGAAUGGCUCGACGGAGGAGGGAAUCCUGGCGGACGAGGUGGAGAAUACCAACAAGACGGAAAUUCUGGACCUCGAGAAUGAGGGCGAGAUUUAUGAUCCACUGGAUGUCCUUCUCGACUAUAUACUUGAGGUA